GUCAAAUUCAAGUUGUGGCUACAAACAUUAGGUGUCGUUUUACAACCUGCGUAUUUUGACGAGGUAUUAGGUCUAUUCCAACUAUGUAUAUUUGCAUUCCACCUCACCACUUCGGAAUUUUGGCCGAAAAGUCGGGGUGGAACUUCCUCAUAUAAGUGGUGUCGUCUCGUUUUCUCAAACCACAGUCCAAGUAUUGUUUAUGAAGCUUGGCCAGUUUCUCUCGGUCCAACUCGAUGCCCAAGCCGGGUGCAGUGGGAACGUUCAAACCGCCGUCAGCCCAUUUCAGCGCGCCAUCGACAAUCACAUCCUCAUCGCGCCGCUUCCACGGCCAAUGAGUAUCACAAGCAUAGUCUAGGUUCAGAGUUGCCGAUGCAAGAUGUGUCAUGGCAGCAAGGGAAAUGCCCAAGUGGCUGUUUGAAUGCAUCGAAAGCCUCAUACCCCAGAUGGCACAGAUAGCGGCCAAAGUCUGGGAUUUCCGCAAGCCUCCCCAAAAGUGGUGGUCAGACAACACCACCUGAACAGCAUUUUGCAAUAUGGCAGGAGGCAGAUGGUCAAAGGCGACCACAGCCAUGUUCGUGGCCAACGGCAUAGAAGCCUCCUUGGCCACUGCGGCCAUGCCUUCAAUGUCUGGAGUCGGAUCCUCCAGGUACUCGACAAUUCCAUCCAGCUCCUUGGCCACCCAUUUUGAUGUUUCCACAGUCCAUGCUGCGUUUGGGUCGAGCCUGAGAGGUAAGCCUGGGAAGGCCUUAUGCAACGCUUUGAUAGCUGCAACCUCCUGAUCUGGCGGGAAAACUCCUCCCUUCAGCUUGAUGGCUUUGAAGCCGUACUCAUCGAUCAUCUUCUUUGCUUGUUUUACCACACCCUCCGGAUCAAGUGCCGGGCCAUAUUCAUCGUCCGGUUGACCGGGAUGUCCUCCCCACUUGUAGAAGAGGUAGGCAGAGUACUGGACAUUGUCUCUGACCCGGCCGCCAAGCAGAUCGCUGACCGGCACCCCUGCAAGCUUGCCUUGGAUGUCUAGGCAUGCAACCUCAAAUGGAGAGAAGACUUUGUCGGCAGCAGAUGCCGUAGUUACCAUUCCUGCCAUACCAUCACCACCGGUGCUGGUGUCCCCGGCCAAGGAGUCGGCACAAAUUUGGUAAAUGGCAUUUGUGUCGUACACUGAGAGGCCUCUGAUUUGCUCGGCUGCUUUCUGGAGGCGACCAAGGUGCACGGAGUCACCGUAUGAUUCGCCCAGCCCAUUGGUAUCGUCCGUGACGAUUUCAAUGAUGCUGCGCAGGGCAAAUGGCUCAUGCACACCCACGCUAUUCAGCAAGGGCAUAUCAUGGAACGCCACUGCCGUGAUGAUAAUGUCUUUGAUCUUGGAGGACUGAGGCAUGGUGUGUGCUUGACGUUACAGUGAACUGGACUGUUCUUGCGAAGGAGACAAGUCCAACGUCUUGGAAAGCACACCUUGCUGCCUUUCUUAAGCGAAAUGAAUUGCGGGGCCCCAUAUUCGAGGAUGUAUCGGUUACGGUAAGGUAGCAUUUUCCGUGCCGUGUUCCGCAAAAUUCCCACCCGCCUGAACCGUCUGGUUGAGCCGACGGCACACGGAUGCCCGGGUUUACCGCGUGAUCUUGUGGCUGGGAACAGGCUACUUUUCCAUGGUUAGCCGCUCCGCAAGGCGUUACUUAUCCGUCUCUUUACGCUUGGCAUACCCCGGAGUUGCUUCGACCCACCGCAUUCCCCAGCACUGGAUACUUAUCCGUGUCGCCAAGGUCCUCUCUCCCCGCGUUUGAGAAGACGGGGACGUCAGGUAUCCGGGGGAGUGCCGCUAUGUUAUCCACCCACAGUUACAUCCAAGUGGUAUACACCCAUGUUCAGGGUUGCGAUCUAUAUAUGUGUCCUUCUGACCCGGUGUUGGUUUAAUCAACAAGCUCUCCAUCCCAACCCUGUUGAAGUCAAAGGCACAAAAGUUUCAACUACCUCAUAGCCAUGGCUUCCGUCAGGGUGCAUGAAGACAAGAAGGAGGAUGUCAACGUUGUGGAACAGUGCAGUCAUCUGGAGGCUGCCACACACAUCGUCGAGAUUGACGAGUUCCGUGUCCUGGGACUGAGUCAGGAUGAUGUCGACUUUUACACCAACUUCCCAGCCGAAAAGACCAGAAAGAUUUUUCGCAAGGUCGACAUUCGACUUGUUCCUAUGCUGGCUGUCAUGUACUUGAUCUCCCACAUCGACCGCGCCAAUAUUGGAAAUGCAAAGAUUGAGGGCAUGAUUGAAGACCUGGGCAUGACAGGUGUACAGUACAACACAGUCCUCGCCAUCUUCUUCAUCCCAUAUGUGCUCUUUGAAGUCCCCAGCAACAUUCUGCUGAAGAAGUUCAAACGGCCGUCAACCUAUCUCGGUAUCCUUCUCCUGGCCUGGGGCAUUGUGAUGACAUGCACUGGACUUGUCCAAAACUUUGGUGGCCUCAUGACAACUCGAGUGUUGCUGGGCAUAUUUGAAGCUGGUUUCUUCCCGGGAGCCAUCUACUUGUGCUCAUACUGGUACAUGCCGAAGGACCUGGCCACUCGAAUUUCGUACUUCUACUGUGCAAGCGCACUCUCUGGGGCGUUUUCAGGUCUGCUGGCCGCCGCCAUCGCGCAAAUGGAUGGUAUCGCCGGACUUGAAGGAUGGCGAUGGAUCUUUCUCCUGGAAGGACUCGCUACUGUUCUCCUGGGCAUCGCCUGUUUCUUCUUCCUGAUCGACACCCCAGCCUUGUCAAAGCGCUGGUUGGAUCCCGAAGAGAUCCGAUACCUGGAGCUGUCCAUGUUCAUCAAGCAAGGCGGAAAAUUCCACGAGGAAGCCGGCUUCAAAUGGAGAGACCUCAAGAUGGUGCUCACCAACUGGAGGGUCUAUGUGCAGGCCUACUUCUUGCUGUGCCAGUCGGCGCUAUCUUACGGUACCAAGUUCACCCUCCCAACCAUCACCAAAGCCAUGGGCUUCACCUCCACCGUCGCUCAGCUUACCUCUGCACCUCCGUACGUGGUUGCCGCCUUGUCUGCGAUCUUCUUUGCACGACUAUCCGAUCGCUAUUACUGGCGAAUGCCAUUUGUUGCCAUUCCCAUGCUCAUCGUUACCGUCGGCUAUGCGAUUGUCAUCUCGCUACAUGGAGAGCUCGAAAAGCAGAAGGGUGUCGCAUAUUUCGCAGUCGUUGUGGCAGUUGCAGGCAUCUACCCGAUCCAAGCAGCAGCAGCCUCAUGGAACUCGAACAACAUUGCUCCCACCUCCCGUCGCGCCAUUGGCAUUGCCCUCAUGAACUGCGUUGGAAACGUCGGCGGCAUUGUCGGCAGUUUCAUGUACAUUGAGAAGGAAAAACCAAAGUACUACACCGGAUUCGGCCUCAGUUUGGCUUUUGGUGUCACCGGAUUCAUCGUGGCCCUAUUGCUCGAAUGGAGUUACAAGAUUGCAAACGCGAACAAGGCGAAAUUGGAAGAGGAAGCAAGGACAAAGUAUACCGAAGCGGAAUUGUUCGACAUGGGAGACAGGUCACCACUGUUCAAGCAUGUCUUGUAAACUCACGAUUGAAGAACAGACUGCGGUCUUUUCGCCCACGCUCAGUACAUACCAGUGAUAACUCUACCGUUAAUUUCAGUCCAGAUCUCAUUUGCGUUCCAUAUUUGAUCUCAGAAAACAGCCAUUCCUUGAGAAUUCUUCCCGGCUCCCAGUCCUUGUAGCGCAAAG